CUGUGUGCGUUUGAUUAGGUCCCUGUCCCCCCUGUUCAUUUGAUUACGUCCCUGUCGCCCCUGUGCGCUUGUUUAGGUCCCUGUCGCCCCUGUGCGCUUGAUUAGGUCCCUGUCGCCCCUGUGCGUUUGAUUAGGUCCCUGUCGUCCCUGUGCGUUUGAUUAGGUCCCUGUCGCCCCUGUGCGUUUGAUUAGGUCCCUGUCGCCCCUGUGCGUUUGAUUAGGUCCCUGUCGCCCCUGUGCGCUUGAUUAGGUCCCUGACGCCCCCGUGCGUUUGCGUCUCUUCCUGCCUGUGCGUUUAAAGGCGUCUUCCCCCUGUGCGUUUUAUUGCGUCCCUAUCCCCUCCAGUGCAUUUGAUUACAUCCCUACCCCCCGCCAGUGCGUUUAAUUACGUCCCUAUCUCCACCCCUGUGCGUUUGCAUUCCUUUCCCAUGUGUGAUUGGAUCCCUGUACCCCCAAUGUGUGUUUUUUCUGUAGUGUUUGUUAGCUGGCUGAUUGCUUUCCUCUGUGUUGUGUCACCAUAGACUGUCCUUGUGUGACAUUAGGUCACGUGGUUUGACUUUUUCUGACAUAUAACUGUCUUUCUUCCAGUAGGCGUUUGCUGAGCGCCUGUCCUGUGUAUGUUGUAUUGCAGGCGUGCUGUGUCAUUGAUGCUGGUGACAGUUCUGGUUGUUUUGGCUUCGACAUAUGAAGCUUUAUUAUCUCUCCAUAUCAGAGACCAUGUGCUUCAUAUCUUGUGUCACAAAUCGGAACAAGAAGCGUGUGAUAUUUAUUAGUGUGUGUGAUCAUCUAAAUAGCCAUGGUGAUUGUCUGCAGACGUCUGGUUGAGCCGUAUGCGACUUCAUGUUGGUACCUGGUUGCAAAGACGAGCCCCUGACUACAUCUACUUGGCCAUCACUCAAGUUUCAAUGCAUGAAAGACUGCAGACUUCACUAAUGGACUGUCAGUCUGCCGGCGAUGACCUAUAGGUGCCUUUCCUGACUUUAGUGUGUGUGGCUAGCUGGAAAUUGUUUUAAGAUUGGGAAUAAGAGAAUCAUUUUUGUGAUCGACUCCCCAAAUCCACCUCCAACGUUGACUAUGUGAUUGCAGUUUUGUGACAGUUGAUUAAAGAUUGAAUUUUGGACUUAAGACUGGCUUUAUAGUCAGGGCCCCAGGAGUCCUUAUCCAUCGCAACCAUGCCGUGGCCCUUCUCCGAGUCCAUCAAGAAGCGGGCCUGCCGGUACCUCCUGCAGCGGUAUCUGGGUCACUUCCUGCAGGAGAAGCUCAGUCUGGAGCAGCUCACUCUAGAUUUGUACCAAGGCACCGGCUCCUUGUCACAAGUUCCACUUGAUAAAUGGAGUCUUAAUGAGAUAUUGGAGUCCGCAGACGCUCCCCUGGAAGUGACGGAAGGCUUUAUACAGACCAUCUCCCUGUCUGUCCCCUGGGGCUCCUUACUGCAGGAUAACUGUGCACUGGAGGUGAAAGGCCUGGAGAUGGUGUUCAGGCCAAGACCUCGACCACGUUCUGCUUCUGAGCCGAUGUAUUGGUCAAGUUUUAUGACCAGCAGUAUGCAGCUGGCCAGAGAGUGCCUGAGUCAAAAGCUGACCGAUGAACAGGAGUCCUCACAGCCCUUUGAGGGGCUAGAGAAAUUUGCAGAGACCAUAGAAACUGUAUUGAGACGCGUCCGAGUGACGUUUAUCGACACAGUGCUGAGAAUAGAACGCAUACCUGAAAACUCAAAAACAGGAACUGCCCUGGAAAUACGAAUCAGCAAGACGUUGUAUUCUGAUGAAACGGUGGAUGAGCAGUCGGGAAUUAACGUGCACAGGCCCUCGGCAUUCGCUCACAAAGUCCUGGAACUCAGCGGUGUGUCUUUCUUCUGGGAUGAAUUCUCAGCAUCUGCAAAGUCCUCUCCUGUUUGUUCAACCUCCAAAGUGGAAACAGAGCCUAAACUUUCUCCCAGCUGGAAUCCAAAGCCUGUCUUUGAGCCUCACCCCCAGUUCACUAGAAGUGUAACUGAGGUCACCCCCUCUGACCCUGUGCAGAUCGCUUCCCUGGUGGGCAGAAUUGAGCUGGGUCUGAUUCUGAAACAGAAUGAAGUGCUUCCUGGAGCAAAGCUGGAUGUGGAUGGACGCGUCGACUCUUUCCACGUCUUCCUCUCUCCACGGCAAGUUCACCUCUUGCUGGACAUGUUGUCAGCCAUUGCUGGACCAGAAUCCUCCAGUCGGAUAGGAAUGUCCAGCAAAGAUCGGAAGAGCCGCCCCAUGCAGCAAGAAGAUGAGCUGCGUCUUCAGAUGGAACUCAAACGCUAUUUAAAAAGAGAAGCCAUGUCUGAAGGACUGUCUGCUGAGCACAGCUUCUAUGAGACUGACACAGCAAAAACACCGUCCAGCCAUGAUGAGGAAGUGUUCUUCUCAAUGGCGGAUAUGGACAUGUCUCACAGCCUUUCCUCUCUCCCCCCACUUGGUGAUCCACCGACCGUGGAUUUAGAUUUGUCACUAAGUAGCACUUACACCACUUCUCCGGUUGGCUCCCCCCUUGGAGGCGGUGCAUCGACAUGGAGCGACUAUCAGGAGCAUCUGAGGAUGGAGGAACCACUUCUGCGAGGGGCCUCAUACAAGCCCAACAUAAACCAAAACACUCAUAGACGAACCUCACUACCGGCCCGUUCAGCCUCUGUGGAUGAAUCUAGACCAGAGCUCGUGUUCAGACUGGCCGUAGGCUCGUUAUCUGUCUCCGUGCUCCAUAUAGACCCCCUGCCACCGACAGAGGCCACGUCAAACCCUAACCCGCUGACCCCACUGUCAGUUGGCUUCUUCAGCCGCAUAGAGGCGCUACAACCGCAGACUUUCACGCAGAACGACUUUGCCUGUCUACGAAAUAUCUUUGCGGAAGCCUGCACUCAUGAUCACCUCAGGUUCCUAGGGACUCAAAUAAAAAUCUCCCAUGAACAGCGGCAGAGGUCCGGUGCUCGGAGUUUCAGCACUGACGUUUGUAUUGGGCAGACUGAGCUCCUAGAGUGCCUUUUCCCCAGCGAUUCCCAGUCUGUUCCUCCUCACUAUACAGAGCUCCUAAAAUUUGAUUUGGAAAAUGAUGUGGACAGCAGAUCAUCUCCAUGCAUUCACCUGCAUUAUAAGCAUUUAGAGACCAGAGGAGCUCAGGGCAGUUCUGGACGACUUGGUUCAGUCCCACAGAGAUCCGAGCUUCAGGUUCAAUUGACUUCCGCCUCGUGUGAGCUGGAUAUUACUAUUGUAGAUAGACUGAACUCCUUGCUCCAGCCACAGAAACUGGGCACCGUGGAAAUGAUGACGUCACAUCUGUUCACCUCGUACAACAAACACAUUAGUUUGCACAAGGACUUUCCAGAGGUGCUCUUAGAUGAUUCCCGUUCCCCAGUAAACACUCGGACCUCUGUGCUAGUGUCUGCUCCAUCUCUCCACCUUGCGGUGCGGUUCCCCAUUCCUGACCUCCGAUCGGACCAGGAGCGGGGUCCUUGGUUCAAAAAAUCUCUGCAGAAAGAGAUCCUUCAUCUGAGGUUCUCUGAUGCUGAAUUCAAGACAGAGGUUCUAGGUGGUUCUUCCCCAGAACAAUUGAAACUGGAGUUUAUUUUUAAAGAGCUAGCAGGUGCCUUCCAGGAAGAAAGUGAUGGCCCAGAAAUCCAGUUCCUAAGGGUGGUUAAGAAAAGCAAUGAUUCAGAUGGAGACAUGACAACAUCCGACAAUUUUGAUUGGCCAAGGAUUGUACUAAAAAUCAAUCCUGUAGCCAUGCAUUCUAUUUUGGAGCGAGUAGCUGCAGAGGAGGACGACGAUGGGCAUUUUCACGAAGAUGAGGAAGGGAAUUCUCAUUCACUAAAAGAUUUCUGCGACUUCAAACGCCCCGAGCCCUCGCCUUUCUCCUCCCGGAGAGUCAUGUUUGAGAAUGAAGAGAUGGUGAUGCCUGGAGACACCAUAGAAAUGACAGAGUUCCAGGAAAAAGCAAUCAGCAAUUCCCACUAUGUUCUUGAACUGACCUUGCCCAGUGUUUAUUUGAUGCUACCAAACAAAGUCUUCUAUGAGAAAUUAUAUAACAGGAUAAGUAAUGACUUGCUGCUCUGGGAACCCACUGCUCCUUCACCAGUGGAAACUUUUGAAAAUUUGUCCUAUGGAAUAGGCCUGUCUGUCGCCAGCCAGCUGAUUAACACCUUCAGUAAAGACUCCAACAGUGCGUUUAAAUCCACUCUUCAUUAUGAAGAUGACAGUGGUUCAGAAGAAGAGACCCUGCAGUAUGAAUAUAUCCUGGAUUCAAACUAUCACUGUCGCAGAAGAAAGAAACUGGAGUGUCAAAGUAAACACUCGCAGAGUUUCCUGUCUGUCCUGGUUAACAUUAACCAUGGGCUGGUCUCUGUGUAUACAGAUGUUAAGUACCCUGAUGGGCAAAUAAUGGAAGAUAAACAUGGGGAGUUCUGGCUGGAAUUUAAUACUGGAUCCCUCUUUACUGUGACCAAAUAUGAAGGAUUCGAGGACAAACACUACUUAUGCCUGCAUGCCAGCACUCUAAGUCUCUGUCACCAAAGUAUGUUGGAUGGUGUUGUUGUUUCUGCUGAUCUCAGACUUCCCAGCCUUCCCCGACCUCAUUGGUUGGAGCCCACCAUCUAUCCUUCUGGAGAGGAUGGAGCCAGUCACCGCGCAUCCAGCAAUGGUGUGGGAGUGGACAGUCUCAGCAUGCUAACUAUGGCUGUAAAAAUCCAGUCUGAUAAAUCUGAAAACAAUACAAAGGAAUUCCUUGUUGCUGUGGGGCUAAGAGGGGCAACACUACAGCACCGUGUACUUCCAUCCGAACAGACCUGGCAUGAGCAGAUAUUACAAUUUCUAAACAUUACUGAUGAGCCAGUUUUAGGCUACAACCCCCCAGCCUCUAUAACCACUUUCCAUGUUCACCUUUGGAGUUGUGCUCUUGAUUACAGACCUCUCUACCUGCCGAUUAGAGCCCUGCUCACUGUGGAGACUUUCAGUAUUUCCUGCAGCGUAGCGCUGGACAAAUCUUCAUCCAGUUUACGGAUUAUCCUGGAUGAAGCUGCGCUGCAUUUAUCGGACAAGUGCAAUGCCGUGUCUGUCAAUUUAAACCGGGAUUAUGUGCAAGUCCUGGAUAUGGGCCUUCUAGAACUGACCAUACUGGCUGUGAAGUUUGGCGAAGAGUCCAAGCCACGCUUUGAGAUGUAUUGUUCUAGUGACGUGAUCCAUAUCAGGACAUGCUCAGACUCCUGUGCUGCGUUAAUGAACCUUAUACAGUACAUCGCCAACUACGGGGAUCUGUAUCCUCCACCGCAAACACAGACCUCACCAGGACCCCACAAAACCGCCAGAAAGAAUGACCCCUGUGCAGCAUCCAACUCUCGGGGCCCUCUGCUGGCCGAGGCCGAGCAGCAAAUACUGCGCGAUUUAAUGAUCGAUGCCAUGGAGGAUAUGGACAUCGGUCAAGUUUCUGCACCAGUAAAACCCCAGCUAAAUGGUAUUUCAGAUGGCAAAUUUGAAUCUCAGGACCCUCCUUGCUCCGACCUAUUCCUUUUUCCUGAUGAAAGCGGUGCUGUAUCUGAAGAGUCCAGUCCAACAUUCAUGAUGGCUGCUCCCCAUCUUAUGGGUGACGCCAUUCUAGAUGGUCCCCUCGAGAGUGAUGACUUCUGUAUUUUGUAUGCUCCAAAAACACCUGCUUUGAAUAAGAACGAGGAGCCAAGCGUGAGAAAGCUGGUUGAAGAUUCCAUCACAAUUAAAGAGAAUUACUUCAGUUUACCGGAUGGGAAGCCAGACACCAAUAAGGCAUCGGUACAUUUCCCAGUUCCUGUAAUGCGAUAUGUGGUUAAAGAGAUCUCGCUUGUCUGGCACCUGUACGGGGGCAAAGAUUUUGGAAGUUCUCAUCCUUCUACUUCCCCGGCUAAGCACUAUAUGAGUCCUCACAGCUCCCCUUCAAGUACACCCACCAGACGAUCCAACAGCUUAAUCAGAGGAGGCCGCGGAAGAAACCAGGACUUCCUAAUGGAGAUCCAGCUAACCAAGGUGAAAUUCCAGCAUGAAGUGUAUCCCCAGGCUGAUCCAGACACUGCCUCCGCUUUAUCAGAACAGCUGGUGUCGCGUCAGGUUUUCAUCGUCCAGGAUUUGGAGAUUAGAGACCGUUUGGCUACAUCUCAGAUGAAUAAAUUCCUUCAUCUUUACAGCAGCAAGGAGAUGCCACGGAAAGCCCAUUCCAACAUGUUAACAAUCAAAGCCUUACAUGUUCGCCCAGAAUCCUCGAUGUCGCCGCAAGAAUGUUGUCUGCGUGUGACGCUCAUGCCGCUUCGCCUCAACAUCGACCAGGAUGCCUUGUUUUUCCUAAAAGAUUUUUUCGCAAGCCUGUCUGCAGAAGUGGAAAUAUUGGUGACCCCGGAUCCUGAAGUAAAGAGAUCACCGGGCUCCGAUGUCACAUGCAGUAUGCCAAAACAUCUGAACGCGCGCAAUCAAGUUCCGGUGAUUUUAGUAAUGGGUCAGAACCAGCCGAUGAAAAACGGUGACGUGCAUUUUACAGAGUUCAGUUACGGCCCGGAAACUUUGAAGGAUGAUACGUCUUUCAACGACCAGCCUGUAUUUUUCCGAGAAUUCCGAUUCACCUCUGAAGUUCCCAUAAGACUGGAUUACCAUGGAAAACAUGUGUCAAUGGAUCAGUGUACGUUAACUGGAAUAUUGAUCGGCCUGGCCCAGCUGAACAACUCGGAACUAAAGCUGAAGAGGCUUUGCUACCGGCAUGGUCUAUUGGGUGUUGAUAAACUUUUCUCAUAUGCCUUUAACGAAUGGCUGACGGACAUUAAGAAGAACCAGUUGCCAGGGAUUCUGGGAGGAGUGGGGCCAAUGCAUUCUUUGGUUCAACUUGUUCAGGGUCUUAAGGAUUUGGUGUGGCUGCCUAUUGAGCAAUACUGCAAAGAUGGCCGUAUCGUACGGGGCUUCCAAAAAGGAGCUGCUUCAUUCGGGACGUCUACGGCAAUGGCUGCCCUGGAACUCACCAAUAGAGUUGUCCAAACUAUUCAGGCUGCAGCAGAGACCGCCUAUGACAUGGUGUCCCCCGGGCCGAGUCCCAUAGAGCUGAAAAGGGCGAAAAGAUUUUCUCAUCACAGAUUGGUGCAUCAGCCCGUCGAUCUCAGAGAAGGUGUGGCCAAAGCCUACGCUGUGGUUAAAGAGGGAAUAACGGACACUGCUCAAACAAUCUAUGAGACGGCUGCCCGCGAGCAUGAGAACAGAGGAGUGACGGGAGCAGUAGGAGGAGUCCUGAGACAAAUCCCACCCGCGGUGGUUAAGCCUCUAAUAGUGGCGACAGAAGCCACUUCCAAUGUCUUGGGCGGAAUGCGCAACCAAAUCCGGCCGGAUGUUCGGGAGGAAGAGUCACAGAAAUGGCGGUUAGAGGAAGGUUAGCGCUUGCUGUGCUCCGUGGAUGAGGACUGAUCACGGAAUCCAAUGGCCUCAAAGGACUGCUUUUUUGGGUAUAGUUUUAGUUUUCUUGGCAAAUAUGACUCAGGAAUGGGUGACACGUUGGUAACGGGUGACAUUUCGGUAAAAAGCAGCCCACACCGCACUUUCAGCAUACUCAAUCUGUAUGGACUCAUGGAAUGCGGGAACGAGUUGACGAAGCCGAGUGUUAAUCUUUAAAUGAUCCUUCCUGCUCAGUUCUAUUCCGCUUACCUGACUUCAUCGGAUGUCCCGUCUAUGGCUGAGGAGCCCAAACCUAACAUCAGCUUUUUCUGUUAUCCGCUUUAAAAAAAAAAAAAAAAAAACUCUUUAUUAUGGCAAAAGCUCCCUAAGAAAAAAAAAACGAAUGAAUUUACAGGUUUCUCGGUUUCCUUUGCUUUGCACUUGGUUACGUUUCAAACCAAUACGUUCCGUGUUCUGUGUACAUGUCAUGUGGCUGAACACAGCCGCAGUUCAGAAUACAAAGUCUUGUGUCGCAUUGAGUCUGUACAUUUGUAAUCUGUUUAUAGUGUUAAUAAAAUUAUUUGUGUAAUGGUGAAAAAAAAAAA